AUGUCGUCGCCGCCUCCGUUUUUGCCCACGAGUCGGUCACCCACCAACCAUAUGUUCAAUGGAACGCAGUAUUCCACAAUAAAUGGCGGAGAGUUCUACAACGUGGGCCGUGACCUUGUUCGAAAUUUUCAUACUACGGUCGCCAGCUCACAUAAAACUCUAUGGGAUGCAAUUGCUGGCGUUGGAGCUUCCUACAAUUCCGAUCUGCAGUUUGCUCGCGGCAACUGUCUCCCUGGAACCCGAGAAGCAGUUCUACGAGAUAUCUAUGAGUGGAGUGCCUCCGGAAGUGAUUCUCCACCUGUAUGCUGGCUUUCGGGAACUGUGGGUGUAGGAAAGUCGGCCAUUGCGCUGACAGUUGCCAAGUCAUGUGCCGAAAACAACCGACUCGCAGCCUCUUUUUUCUUCUUCAGAUUCGACCCCAAGCGCAACAACCCUUCCUUCCUCAUGUUGACAAUUGCACAUGGUCUUGUUACCGUGAUUCCAUCGCUACGCCCUAUCAUUCAUGACAAGAUCGCCGCCGAUCCCAGGAUCUUGGAAGCCACUUUGGAAGAUCAAUUCAGAGAACUCAUUGUCUUACCGUUAUUGAAUGUCUCCCCGUCAUUGAUUGUCCAUCCAUCAUUGACUGGCCCACCGUCAUCGAUUGUCCAUCCAUUAUUGACCGGCCCACCGUCAUUGAAUGUCUCACUUCCAUUGACGAUCUCCCCUUCAUUGAACAGCUCACUAUCAUUGAUCGGCUCAAUGGCAUGCUGGAUACAGAGAUGGUGGAGACAUGUGCCAGAACAACCAUUACCUCAGUUGGUGCCUCAGUUGGUGCAAGAACAACCAUCAUUGCCUCAGUCGGUUCAUAAACAUCCCAAUCUCGUCAUUAUUGAUGGCCUGGACGAGUGCAACGACGGUGACACCCAGUUGCGGCUCAUCUCUAUACUAAUGUCUGCCUAUCAACAAUCCCCUCAUCUCCCCCUGCGACUUCUGAUCUGUAGCCGCCCCGAAUCAUGGAUUCGAGAGGCCUUCGAUCUUCCAAACAAUUGUAUCCUCACUAAACACAUAAAGUUGGAUGAUUCUUAUUUACCGAACAAAGAUAUCGAACAGUACUUCCGCAGCGAGUUCGCCAAUAUUCGCACCAACACCAAAUACAAACAGGUCGAAUUUCCGAACCCGUGGCCUUCCGAAGCUGACAUUCAGCGUUUGGUUGAGAAUGCUUCAGCCCAAUUCAUUUAUGCGACGACUGCGAUGAAGGUUGUGAAAGCGGAAUUUUUCAACCCUAUUAAACAACUUCGCAUAAUCCUUGAUCAUCCAUCUAAUCGAAUCUCCUCAAAAUCUCCGUUCCCCGAGCUCGACAACCUCUAUCAUAUAAUACUUUCUACCAAUCCUGAACAAGACACACUUCUCUCUAUCCUCAGCGCAAUUCUUCUACUGCCAGGUACGGCUAAAAACCCGGAGUUUAUUGAGUUAUUGCUUGGAUUCUCCCCUGGAGAAGUAGACCUUUCGUUGCGAGGAAUGCACUCAGUGCUCAAAAUCUGUGGCCCAAAGUAUAAUAUUCAGGUUUACCAUACCUCUUUCACUGAUUACCUCUGCACCAAGUCUUGA